UAACGCUUUAGUAUGUGAGUUGGCAACCUUAAAAUGAAAAAGACACUAAGAUUCAAAGAGAAAGAAUCUUGGAACUUCGAACCAGCCAUUAUUAUACUGUGUUUUUCAAUAAUAUGGAGCCUUUGCUUUUGGUAUCUAAAUCAUGUGCACGAAGAAAGAACUUGGUGGUCCACAAGAACCUUGGAUCAAAAGGAAUCUUUUUUUAUUUCUGAGCGCGCCUUAUAUUACACUUACUACAAGGAGUCUAGCAAUGCAUCCAUAGCUGAAGUCUUUAAUAAGUUUCUGAAGGAUGAUACGGUUGAGUAUCCGGACGUUAUUAAUUCUAUACGUCGCUUCAAUAUUUGGCCUGAAAUCGCUUUAGCCUUUAUUUACAGAAACUUUUGGCCACUAGUAACUACAAGCGAAGUAGAUUUUUACAUUAAAAGUAUCUUAUUUUUUCAGAGCCUGACCCCAGCCUCUGUUUUUGCUAUUAUGUAUUUCAGUUUAAGGGCUUCCGGCAUCUCCUUAUUAAAUCUGAUGAUUGCCUCGUUUCUUUCUGUGCUCGGCCCGUAUUGUUGCUUUCUCACUCUCACGACUCGCGUUUUUAUAGGGCCUGGCCUCCGUGAAAUGUGGGGCGUCCCUUUAUUUUUUUUAUCCGUACAGCAAACAGUUUUUCUUAUGACUCACCCAAAAAUGCUAGUGAAAGUUCAGCUCUUUUUGCUUUUUAUUAUUCGGCUGUUCUCUCUUCUUUCGUGGCAGUUGCUGCCUUCUGUGUUCGGCGUAGAAACUUGCGCGCUUCUUGCCGCUUUUCUGUUUGGGCAUCUCUCGUAUGACUUAUUCAGAAAUUUGGUUUUUGUAAAACUUGCGUCGAAUGUUGCAGCCGCUGUGCUCAUGUUUGGAAAUAAUAUGUUUUUGGCUUCUCUGGAUUUCUGUGUGCUUCUUUCCUUUUCGCUCCUGAUAACCUCUCGACUUCUAAAAAUAAAAAGCUCGCCAAGUUGGAAAAGCGCAGCCUCCUUUGUUUUCGCAACUGCUGCGUUUGCGUUCCUGCUGAGGCUCUUUCUUACGGGAUCAGCCCACGUGACCGACGACUCUCACCUGUUCAGCCUUCUAUUAUCCAAACUAAACUCGUUAUUGGCCGGAAAAACUAGCGAGCGCCCCGUUGAUUUUUAUUCCGCAUUGUAUCUUCUCAGCGGCGCCUUCCAGUUUAUGGACACCCGCACGCUUAAACAUCUCUGCCGGGGCGGCUUGCUUCCCCUGGCGGUCUGUUCGGUGUCAGCCCUUAUUGGCACGCCUCGAUUAAAGAACGUAUCGCAUCACGCCAUUGCCGGACCUCUCUACUACCUCGCCUUCUUCGGGUUGGGAAUCACGUGCUCUGCGCUGCUGGUCAAACGCUUAUCUGUGCUAUGGCUGCCAUUUUUGGGCCUCUUCUCCUCCUAUUUCAUGUUCGUCCAACUGUUUCUCGCGAGGACUUGGAGACCUCCGGAAGAGUCAUUGACCCGAUCGCACCUCCGCAGCUUUCUUUCCACUUUAUUGGGGCUCGCCAUCAUAAUACUUUAUGCGGCAGAGAGCCAAUGGUUUCAUGAGCUACGCCGGCACUACACCAGUCAAGGCGCUUUUGACCUCAUAACUGUUCGUGAGCUUUGCACGUGGAUUAGGAAGCACACGCCCGAGGAGGCUGUUUUUGCGGGAGACAUGUCGACUAUGGCGUCCGUCCGCCUUAUGGGCCGACGGCGAGUCGUCAACCACCCCCACUUUGAGACCCCCCGCAUGCGCCAUAGAACGUUCCUGAUCAGUCAUUGGUUCUCCAGAAGGCUUAUAAAGGAUGUCCAUAAGAUCCUGAAGGAUUUGCAAGUGGAGUAUUUUGUUAAUCACCAUCCGCCUUGCUAUAGAUACGCAAGUUAUGAAGGACAGGAAAUCCUUGAUCUGGGAGAGAAAGGCUAUCCCCCCAUGAACUUAAGUAAAAGCAAGAUCCGGUGUUGUGCGGCUGUUGCAGAUCCGAAUAAGCGAAAAGGCUAUUUUGCUUUGGUUCGGAAUACUAAAGACUUCCCCGUCUAUAAAGUUUUAUAGCGCCAAUUAGCGUGUGAAAGGAGGCAAAAAAGAGUUAUAAUAAACUAGCUAGCUUUA